AGGCGGCGGCCGGUGGUUACGGGGCGGGCCCCGGUAGAGAGCAGCUGAGCAGCCAUGGAGCAACGCGGGCUGGGGAGGCUGCGGCUACCCGGGCUGCUGGCGCUGCUGGCGGCGCUGACGCCGCGCGUCUCUGCUUCGCAGGACCUGAAUCUUUGGCCCCUGCCUCUCUCCGUGAAGACGACCCCGCGGUUGCUGUACCUAUCGCCCGGAAACUUCUUCUUCGGGCACAGCCCCACUUCCAAGGCCGGCCCCUCCUGCGCAGUCCUGCAGGAAGCGUUUCGGCGAUAUUAUGACUAUAUUUUUGGUUUCUACAAGUGGCAUCAUGGCUAUAAGAAAAUUCCAAGUGAAAUGGAGUUACAGAAACUUGAAGUCUUAGUUAUCAUGGACCCACAAUGUGACCGUUUCCCCAACAUCACUUCGGAUGAGUCUUAUAAUUUACUUGUGAAAGGACCAGUGGCUAAGCUCACUGCCAACAGAGUUUGGGGAGUAUUACGAGGAGUGGAGUUGUACUUGAUCUCAUUGUCCAUUUUCAGCUGAAUCCACUGGGGAAUUGGACGAUUCUUCUGUUUCUUGGCCAGGAAUCAUUUGAUCCUGGGGCUCAAGAAGAGAAGUUUAGGAACAGAGUCAACCACACACACCAUGAUGACCUAGAAAAGAAGAGAACCCUUCCCCCAUUUUAAAUUCCUGUGAAUUUAGAAACAUAAGAAGUUUGCAGGAACGUUGUGAAAAGAUAAAAAUAUACUCUGAGUGAUUGGAGGCAGUGAGCAGAGAAGAACCUUAAAAGCUUUUCCUGUGACUUUUAGUCUGAACUUCAAAGUUCAGGCGUUGGGACAUUUACUUUUGCUGUUCGAAAGCUGCUUUGACCUCUUCUUUUGAGAGGAUAAGAUUUUGUUUUACUGGCUUCCAAAUUAGUAUGGUUUUGAAAAAGGAGAAGAAUAAUUUUCUUUAAUGUGAGCUAGCCAGCCAAAGUUAUAGUAAUUAAAAGGAGAGAAGGCUUUGGAUUUGACUCUGGUUGAGUGUUAUCUAGAAUAAAAUAAUGAUUGUUAAUGCUAUGUUUUGUAGUCAUAAUAAUUAUGGUUUGAUUGUGAUCUUAUUCAAAAUAAUGACAGGAAAAUAUCUAUAGAUACUUACCGCAAAUGUAACUACAGAUAUUAUCAUCUAGAUUAUUUCCAUAUACUGGGAUGUGAUGUGAAACUGUUACCAGUCUGGUGUGCCUGUCUUGGCUGGGGCCUGUUAGGGAAAUCAGCUUUAUUGAUGUCUGCGCUAAUCCACGUAAGAACUUUUGAGAGUGUUCUGUGAAUCUAGUCCAGGAAGUCUUUAUUUUCCUCUUCCUGUCUGACUUUGAAAGUAACAAAUGUGCCAUAAAUGAUAUUUGAGUGUACUGCUACUUAAAAGAAAAUUGCAAAGUUAUUCUGUAUUUGGGAAUAGGAGGGAGGCAUAGCCAAAGGAACUUUGAACUUUUUAUUCUUCCCUAAUUGUUUUGAGGUAUAAUUGACAUAACAUUAUAUUCA